AUGGAAUUUGCAGAAAACCCAUGGGAGGAAGUUUGCGUGGGGGACAGGGAGGGAGAGAAAACACCGGACAGCAAGAGCCAGAAAGGCGAGAGCGGGCGCGCGAGCGGGACUGACGACAAUGUCGCCGAUGAGAGCGACGAGGCCCUCGAAGACGAUUUUGGCGAUUUUGGCGAGUUCGAGGAAGUGGAAGUCGACCGACCCGCGGUGGACUACAGCUGUCUGUCGCGGCUGGGACGCGGGACGGGCGACGACGCGACGAUGAAGUUUGAGGGAGACUGGACGGGGAAGUACUUACGGCUUGUUGCUGCGGAGCGACAGUGGCAGCGACAGCAUCAGCAGCAGAUAAGCUACCGGGGCCGCGCGGCACAUUUGGAGACAGAAACUCACCGCCGCGUGGAGGCUGUGGCGGCGCUGUGGACGAGCGUGGAGAAGCGUGUGGCGACAAAGGCCGGCGUGACGAAUCUUUUCAGCUGGUCGAGCACCAGGGAGACCGCGAAGCCGGCGAAGAAGACACAGCAAAUCAACUCCAAGCUGCUGCGCACGGCGGCCGCAGAGAGCCGCGCCAUAAUAGACCGCCGGCUGGAGGCGCAGCGGCAGCAGAAACAGAAGCUGGAGAAGGAGCGACACGAGCGAGAGAAGCGGAUCCGCGAGGAACGGCAGCGCAGAGAGCAGGAGGCUCUCAAGUACCGGUCUGUGGCUGCCGUGCCCCAGAAAAAGGAGAGGACGCUGUUUGGACGACUUUUCGGGGAGAAGAGCAAAAUUGCCGCAGACAACCUUUCGCACGACAAGAUUGUUCAGCCGGCGCAAACGGCAGACGACGCCGACCUAAUCAGCGAGUUCAGGGAGCAGCUGCAGCGGCGCGAGGACAGCGAUGAGGAGGACCGCGAAGUCGAUUACGGCGAGAUAGGCGCAGGUGCAGCGGACGGCUCAAGCCUGCAGGACAUAAUAGACCAGGCAGAGGAGGACUCAGACGCGCGCUCGAAUGUCAGCGAGACUUUCGGCGAGUUCCACACAACCACGCCGUCGCAAAGCUCGAGCUCGCCCGAGUCCAGGUCGAGCCCGCGCGCAAUUCCGGGAAAUCUCAUCGACCUGUAA